GGAUCGGGAUUGGGAUCGGGAUCGGCUCCAUGGACUCCUUCCAGUCUCCAGUCCCUUCAUCCCGCAAGGACAAAGCGGAUCCCGGCUCCAUGUCCGUCACCAUCCCGGCCUCUCCCUUCAUGCAGAAAUUGGGAUACGGCACCGGAGUCAGCGUCUACCUGAUGAAAAGGUCUCCGCAGGGAUUAUCCCGCUCCCCCUGGGCCGUGAAGAAAAUCUAUUCCGGCUGCAGCCGGAGCCAGCGGAGCCUCUACCAGCAGAGGCUGCAGGAGGAGGCCAAAACACUCCGGAAUCUGCAGCAUCCCAACAUCGUGGGUCAGCACGGGGACAUCAAAUCCCCCAACGUGGUGGUCAAAGGCGCCUUCGAGUCGGUGAAAAUCUGCGACGUGGGAAUGUCGCUGCCCCUGGAUGAGAACCUGACAGUGAGCGACCCCGAGCUGUGUUACGUGGGCACGGAGCCCUGGAAGCCGCGGGAGGCGCUGGAGCCGGGCGGGAUCAUCUCGGACCGAUCCGACAUCUUCGCCUUCGGCCUCACCCUSUGGGAAAUGCUGACCCUGAGCAUCCCCCACCUGCGCCAGCUGGACAUGGACACGGACACAGAGGGCUCCUUCUCUGAGGAUUCCUUCGAUGAGGAUUCCUACUACGCCGCUCUGGGCACGCGGCCGCCGCUGCCCGCGGAGCUGCUGGCUCCGUCCCACGGCUCCAUCGUGGAGCUCUUCUCCGUCUGCACGGCGGAGCUCCCCGCCAAGCGCCCCCCGGCCGCGCGCAUCGUGGAGGUGCUGGAGCAAUCGCAGCCCUGCCCCCAGUGACAUCCCAAAUUUUGGGGUUGGAUUUUUGCCUUGGAAUUCCGUUUUCCAUUUUUUUUUUGGGAUAGUUUUACCUGUUUUAGGGUUGGAUUUUCACCUUGAAAUCGAUUAUUCCUUUCUUUUUUUGGGAUGGUUUUCCCUGGUUCAGGUCAGAUUUUCACUCUAUGGGGUUAAAUCCGCUUUUUUAAAGUCAGAUUUUCCCUGGUUUGGGGUUGGAUUUUCACCUUGGAAUCCAUUUUCCAUUUUUUUUGGGAUGGUUUUACCUGGUUUAGGUCAGAUUUUCACUCUAUGGGGUUAGAUUUUUCCUCUUUUUUAAAGUCGGAUUUUUCCUGGUUUUGGGGCUGGAUUUUCCCUCAUUUUGUACGUUGGAUUUUCCCUCAUUUUUCAGCUGGAUUUUCCCUCUUUUCGGGGUUGGGUUUUUCCCUCCCUCUCUUUUUAGACUGAAUUUUCCUUCAUUUUUUAUGUUGAAUUGUCUCUCAUUUUUCAGUCGGAUUUUCCCUCUAUGGGGUUACAUUUUUCCUCUUUUUUAAAGUCGGAUUUUCUUUGGUUUUGGGGCUGGAUUUUCCCUCGUUUUUUAGGUUGAAUUUCCCCUCAUUUUUUACGUUGAAUUUUCUCUCAUUCCUCAGUUGGAUUUUCUUUCUUUUUGGGGUUGAAUUUUUCCCUCUCUCUCUUUUUAUGUUGAAUUUUCUCUCAUUUCUCAGUCAAACUUUCCCUCUUAGGGGUAAAUUUUUCCUCCUUUUUAAAGUCAGAUUUUCCCUGGUYUUGGGGCUGGAUUUUCCCUCUUUUCUGGGAAGGAUUUUCCCUUUUUUUGGGGUUGCAUUUUCCCAAGUUUUUACUAUUAUUUCUCCUCUUUUUAAGGAUUGGGUUUUCCCUCCUUUAGGGAAUCCCAUUCUUUCGGUUGGGUUUUCCCUUUUUCGGUUUAAUUUUCCCUUUUUUAGGUCAGAUUUUCCCUCCGUUUGGGUUGAAUUUUCUUUUGGUUUGGAUUUUCCCAAGUUUUUUGGGCUGGAUUUUCUCUCUCUUUUAGGUUGGAUUUUCCCUAUUUUUUUUGGAGUUGAUUUUCCUGAGUUUUUAGCUCAGCUUUUCCCUUUAUUUGGGUUGAAUUUUCAUUUUUUUGGGGAUGGAUUUCCCCCUCUUCUUGGGGAUGGAUUUUCCCAAGUUUUUAGGUUGAACUUUCCCUGUUUUUUGGGAUGSAUUUUCCCUCUCAUUUGGUUUGGUUUUCCCAAGUUUUUUGGGCUGGAUUUUCCCUCUCUUUUAUGUUGGAUUUUCCUUUUUUUGUGUUUAAUUUUCCCUUUUUUAAGUUGAAUCUUUUAUUAAGUUGAAUCUUUUAUCUUUUUUUGGGCUGGAUUUUCCCUCUUUUAGGUUGGAUUCUCCCUCAUUUUGAGUUGGAUUUUCCCUUUUUGGGGUUGAAUUUUUUAUCUUUUUUUGGGCUGGAUUUUCCCUCAUUCAGGUUGGAUUUUCCCAAAUUUUUAGAUUGAAUUUUCCAUCUUUUUUUUGGAUGGGUUUUCCCCUCUUUUAGGUUGGAUUUUCCCUUAUUUUGGGCUGGAUUUUCCCUUUUUGGGUUGAGUUUUCCCAAGUUUUUAGGUUGAAUUUUCCAUCUUUUUUGGGGUGGAUUUUCCCA